AUGGCCGCCCCGGCGCCGGAGGAGCGCCUCGACGUGCUCACCGCCGCCGGCGACAAGACGGGCGUCUCCAAGCCCAGGUCGGAGGUGCACCGGGACGGGGACUACCACCGCGCGGUGCACGUGUGGAUCUACUGCGAGAGCACCGGGGAGCUGCUGCUGCAGCGCCGCGCCGACUGCAAGGACUCGUGGCCCGGCCAGUGGGACAUCUCCAGCGCCGGCCACAUCUCCGCCGGGGACUCCUCCCUCUCCUCCGCGCGGAGGGAGCUCCAGGAAGAACUAGGCAUCAAGCUUCCAGUCGAUGCUUUUGAGCUCAUCUUCGUUUUUCUUCACGAAUGCGUUAUCAACAAUGGGACUUACACCAACAAUGAGUACAAUGAUGUUUACCUUGUGACGACUUUAACUCCAAUUCCACUCGAGGCCUUCACUCUCCAAGAAAGUGAAGUAUCUGCAGUUAGGUAUAUGCACCGUGACGAGUACAAGAGCUGCCUUGCAGCAGAAAGCGGAGAAUAUGUACCUUAUGAUGUGAAUGGGCAAUACGGCCAACUGUUCAGUAUUAUUGAGGAAAGGUACAAAGAUAACACGGAGUCUCGCAGCUUAACCUUACAAAAGCAAAUUAGUCGUUAUGCUCCCAUCCAUUUGGAACCAGAGUUGACUACUCUAUCUGAAGGAGACAAAGAAGCCUUGGGAUAUAUUCUUAAAGCAUCAAUGGUUAUUGAUGAAAUAUUUUAUGAGCAGGUAUGGAAUAGCAACACAAUGCUAAGAGACUGGCUAAAAGCACAUGCUGACUCCUCCUCCCUUGAUAGUCUGAAGUGGGCAUAUUACUCUAUUAAUAAAAGUCCAUGGUCCUGCCUUGAUGAAAAUAAGGCUUUUCUAUCCACUGCCGAUUCGGCUGUGAAAUUGCUCACAGAUGCCACCAAGCCAAUUUCAGGAUGGAAGGGGCUUGAGUAUCGUGCAGCAUUCCCUCUAGAUAAGCCUCGUGGCGCGAACUUCUAUCCUGCUGACAUGAACAAAAUGGAGUUUGAUUUAUGGAAAAGUGGACUAACUGAUAAGGAACAAAAAGAUGCAACUGGAUUCUUUACUGUCAUAAAACGGCCUGAUGCUUUAUUGACUACAUCAGUAGCACAGUCAGAUGGACCAAAUCAAACCAAUACUUCAGAUGAUCUUUUUAUUGUUCCAUAUUCCAUGGAGUAUAAAGCAUCCCUUGAGAAAGCUGCCGAGCUUCUCCUUAAAGCAUCAGAUUGUUCUGAUUGUCCAAGAACCAAGGCAAAUGCUUUUCUUUCAAAUGAUUACUAUGAAUCUGACAUAGCUUGGAUGGAGUUGGACUCCAACAUAGAUGUCACCAUUGGCCCAUACGAGACAUAUGAAGAUGGCCUGUUUAGUUAUAAGGCAACCUUUGAAGCAUUUGUUGGGGUGCGGGACGACGUUGCAACUUCUCAAGUUAAACUCUUUGGUGAUCAACUCGAGGAUUUGGAGAAAAAUCUUCCACUGGACAAUAUUUACAAAUCAGACAAUGUAUCUGCUGCUCCAAUUCGCGUGAUGAAUCUUCUUUACAACUCUGGGGAUGUGAAAGGUCCUCAAACUAUAGCUUUCAAUUUGCCAAAUGAUGAGCGGAUUGUGAAUGAGCGAGGAACUUCAAUGGUUAUGCUUAAGAACAUUUCAGAAGCCAAGUUCAAGAAUAUCUUGAAGCCUAUAGCCAAUGCCUGCAUCAGAGAGGAGCAGAAAGAAUAUGUUGAUUUUGAGCCUUAUUAUACACAUAUUGUUUGCCAUGAGUGCUGCCAUGGAAUUGGACCUCAUUCCAUAACCCUUCCUGGUGGUAAAAAGUCCACAGUUAGAAUGGAACUUCAAGAAUGUCAUUCAGCAUUGGAGGAGGCAAAAGCUGAUAUAGUUGGUCUGUGGGCGCUGAAUUUUCUUAUAAACAAGGGGUUGCUUCCUAAGAGUCUAUCAAAAUCUAUGUAUGUUUCUUUCCUUGCUGGAUGCUUCCGGUCGAUUCGCUUUGGACUGGAAGAAGCUCAUGGGAAGGGACAGGCAUUGCAGUUUAACUGGUUGUAUGACAAAGGAGCUUUUAUCUUGCAUUCUGACGGAAAAUUCUCAAUUGACUUUACAAAGGUCGAGGAAGCUGUUGAAAGCCUUGGCAGAGAGAUCAUGACGAUACAGGCAAAGGGCGACAAGCCUGCCGCGCAGUCUCUCCUUCAGUCCCGUGCAACCUUGACGCAGCCGUUGCGUGUGGCAUUGGAGAAAAUCGAACACAUGCAGGUGCCUGUUGAUAUAGCCCCUAUAUUUGGCACAGCCAGUAAGCUGCUCGCAAACAAUUAA